GAAAAAUCUGGAGCAGAAAAAUACUCCGAAGGAAUCGGUAUCCACACGUUUUCAAAUACUUCUUAACUCACAAAAAUUCCAAUCAUAAUCAACAUCCACAAAAAAGCACAUGACCUCCGACAAAUCCUCUCGAUAAAAAUGGCCGAUUGUCGCUAUUGGUAUUACUUGGCCCCUGAUGGGUGCUACUACGGUCCCGCCGCAGCUGCCAAACUGGAGCACUGGCUGAGACGGGGCAAGAUCCCACAUAGCACUCCGAUCGCGCCAAGCGCUCACGGUCCCUACUUUCCAGCUACGCAUUACUGGCACGUCGAGGCAGCAGCAUUGAAAACGAGGAUAAAUUUUGAUUCUUGGUACUUUUGAGGUUCAUUUAUUUCUACCUAGUUGUAGUUGUAUGUGAACAAGAUUCAUCUUGUGUACAGCGUCGACGCGGUGUUUCUUCUGAUCAUUCCGUCGUGUAAUAAUUAUUACACGACAGUAUCCUCUUCCUCCGCAGUAGUAAUCUGAAAACGGCAACGAAGCAAUGAUCACUGUCAGGUAUUUUCGUCUCCGCGAUCAUGCCUCAGAACCAGAGCAAGGGCCAUUCAGCAUGCUCGCCAUGUACACUCGAUACAACGGCAGUGCAGCGACGUCAUCAUCUGGAGAGUAUAAAUUACGAAGACGUUUCCUAGAAGGCACUAAGUUGUUGCAACCUAGCAGCUCUAAUCAUUGACGCUCUAAUCAACCCCGAGCAACCCGGACCACUCCCAUCCGAAAUGCUACGGCCAGAUUCGAUGAUACGACUAGAGGAACUCAGUCUCGGCGACUAUUGUCUGCAAGAUGUCUGGCCACAAUGGGAUCAAGUCUUCCGGAUGCCAAUUCAAAGCGAAGAUCCUAGUCCAAAAGCACGUGGUGAAAAAGAGCCUCCACCUGUGGAAGAAGAGACUUUUAUUACAACUAGUACUAGAACUGCUACAUCGACUCUGAUGAAACAACAACAACAAGAACAAGAACAAAAAAGUUCCUCAGCAUCUCCUACUCUUUCUCAACAACAAGAAGGGCAGCAGACAAAUUUGCGUCCAGCUCAACAAACUGCUGGAGAAGAAGUAAAUAGAGAUCGUGGUCAGUCGACGAAGCAAGUGGCAGAUGGGCAGGCUUUGCUUGGAGAGGAUGAUCAGAGAAGAGUACUAUGAAGUUUAAGGGGAUGAUAUUUUCAGAGUGAAAUAAGACUAUCUUCAUCAAGCAAAUUGUAGGUCACCUUUUGCUCCUUACUUGUGCAUAAGUUUCAAAAGAUAUGUGAGUAGAAAAGUUAGAACAAAAGUGCUCUUCAAGUUGCUUCGACACCACAGGGCAUAGGGGGAUCUUUUUUGACGUCUAGACGGAUAGAAGGCGACUGGUUUUACGGCGAUAGUGGAGAGUCGCGGCUUCGGAUUACCGAUGGUAAGGACUCUUUUACUACAUGUCUAGAACAACUAGAUGCGCAAGUAGGUGAGUAGUAUGGAAGUUUCCGAAUCCGACUAUUGGCUUUCUCCUCCUAACAUGUUGAUCAACACAGGCAUGGAAGUUUCCGACUAUUGGCUUUCCCUUUUCACCGACGGAGGACUUGAAGAGUGCCAGCUGAAUGCAGAGCCUUCAGACGGUUGGUGCAUAGGCCGUCUAGAGUCUACAGAGGAGCGGAGUGACUUGGCGGGUGCUGAGAUAGCUGUGCGCAGAGUUCCUGGAAUGAUCUACUGCGAAGUAAAGAUCAAGAGAAGAGCUACGCUUUAUGUUUGUGAAUUUUCUCUUCUGAAAGGCUAAGUAGGGCUGAUACUGAUCAAGUUUUUUAGAUCCUAAUAUACGAUCGAUGAUGUGAACGACAGAGACUGAGACAAGGAGUACAUUGUGAAGAUGUGUGAUGUAAAAAGAGUCACCGAACCAUGCUUGGUACACCUUUUUCUUAAAAUAUUUUCACGAAGAAAUGUUCUAAUCCCAUCUCCAACGUAGCCAGUGGCUGGCAGCCUUCCGUUUUUGCCUGGCCGCGAUACAGUUUUGAGCUGAACGGCGUUUGGCAUGGACCCUUUUCAAACACGCAGUGUCGGAAUUGGUAUCGAGACGGACGGUUUGAUAAGAACACAGCGGGCGGGAGGGAAACGAAGUUUCGACUGGGUACCAAUAGAUACCAUGUACUAACUUCGGAGCGCAGCCACAGUCCAUCUGAGUCUUCAUGCUUGUUCAUUGAUUCAUAGAUAUCGGCCUGCUGCUUGUAGUUUGCUAAAAAGUGCUCGUAAUCAGCAUACUUGAUUUAUUUAGACUCUACUAUGUCCAAGUCGAUCACCAGGUAACGAUCUAGACCACCGCAUGUACACUCUUCGCGAGUUAUUUCCACCCGGCGUCGAUCCGUUUUCGUUGGAUGCACUACCUGUGUCCUCGAAUCCGGGAAGGGAGCCGACUAUUAUAAUAGUUGAGCAGCAGUCGUCUUCGUCAACAACAACGUCAUCUUCGCGAGUUGGACAAAAUUCCAGUAUGCUUGGUGGAGAAAGCAGUAUGAUCUCUUCCUCCGGCGUAGGUGGUGCGCGAGGAAGGCCAGUGAGUAAUAAAGUGUCGCAGGCACCACCACUACCUCCAGAAGGACUCGGAAAUUCAAAUCGUAGUGUAAAUCUCCGAGACGACGGUCGGGAAGAAGAGACCAUAUACUACGCACCAGGACAAACGGGUCAAUUUCAGACGUGGUACUACUUAAUGAUUGAUGAGCGGGCCAAACUUACUCUUACUGCAUGUGCAGCACUCUAAAGGCACCCAAUUGAAAAAGCUAGAUACUACGUCGUUUCAGCAUCUCAUGUAGAAAAACUGUGAAGCAUCCUCUAACUCUUGAGCUUUAAAUUGCUUCAGUAGUAGUCUUCCCCUCGCUCUUCAGGUUCAAAAACUACUACGGCGGCUCCGGACCUGAGCAGACACAGCAGUUUUCAGGACAAUUUGACCGAGAUAGGCAGACGCAGCAAGCGCAGUCACAGGCAAUUGCACAAUCAAAUCGCCCCGAUCUUAAGGCCCGAGACAAUUCAUUUUCGACGGUCAUUUUCUUCUGUGUCUCUCUUAGGAUGCUGAAGAAAUAAGGUGAAGAAUAGAACUGCUUUGUGCUCUAAUGAUCCGUCUAUGAUGUCCUUGUCUAAAGACUACCUGCCAGCUGGCUCAAUGAACAUGAGUUCUCAAUCACCCUCCGGUUACUACAAUCAAACGAUGGGAUCUCAGGCAUCGAUGGGUCCGCUUACUGCCUCGAUGUACAAUCCGAAUUAUCCGCAAGGAAAUGCCAGAAUGAUGUCUCGGUCUCCUAUGAUGAAAAAUAAGUACAGGAAAAAGUUUCGUUCUGCUUCUGUUUUUUCAGAAGUAUGAUCAGUACGUACUCGUAUUCGUGGUCUUUGUACUAUUCAAUUAUCAUGAUCAUCAAAGUUUUAAUUGCAGAUUCUUGCAGUAUAACCACUCAAGCGUUGUAAUAAACCUCCUUUUCGUCCUUAACUUUACUACAUCGAUAUCGAAGACGAACAAGGCACAGACGCUCUACUCUAAUAUUCAUCUCAGCGACGAGUCUAUUUCUCAUCGGGAUUUCGCAUCGAGCAGAGCCGGAACCAGAGCACUGCCGAUGGGGGCCUCGCUCGUAGGUUACAAACCGGUGAAUCCAAGCAUAGUGACGACGUAUGUCUGA